UCCCUAAGCGGAUGGCCGAGGCCACGUCACGGCGUGUUUGUGACAACCCGGAGCCGGGAGGGGAGCCAGGGGUGAAUUCCUGCAUUGUGCGGCGCAAAGAGCUUCACAAUGCGCUCCUGUACGCGUGGCGACAAACGAUUGACACGGCCUGGUAGAGGAGUGGGAGACGUCGUCCCCGAACAAACAAUGCAAAACACCAUAGGCGGGCUAACGGACGGCAUCGACCUUGCGGCGUUAGAACCCUUUAACCCCUGGGUUUCACUGUUAUAAACGUUAUGGGGAAGAAAAUGGACGCCGCCCGUGGUUAAAGCGCGGGGGCCUCGUCCAUGUGGGCGUCAUGCUGCGGGCUGCUGAACGAGGUGAUGGGCACGGGCACGGUGCGGGCGCAGCAGCCCGGCUUCGGCGCCGGGGCCGGGCCUUUCCGCUUCGCCCCUAGCGCGGGGUACUCCACGUACCCUCCCGCCGGCUCGGGGAGCGCUGGGCAACUGUGCAAGGCCUGCGGACUGGCGUUCUCAGUCUUCAGACGCAAGCACGUGUGCUGCGACUGCAAGAAGAGCUUCUGCGCGCUAUGCUCGGUGCUGCAGGAAAACCUACGCUGCUGCGCCACCUGCCACCUGUUGCGGGGCACCGCCUUCCAGAGGCCGCGCCUCAUGCAGCUGCGCGUCAAGGACCUGCGGCAGUACCUGCUGCUGCGCAACAUCCCCACCGACACUUGCAGGGAGAAGGAGGACCUGGUGGACCUGGUGCUGCGCCACCGGGGCACCGGAGAGGCCCCCCGACCCGUCGUGCUGGUGGAGGAGGAGGAUGAGGAGGGGGACGGAGACACGGCCGAGGAACAGGCGGAGGAAGACGACGAAGACGAUACAGACAGUCUCCGCUCGCGCGCCGCCUCGCCGCCCUCCACCGCCGGCUCUGCUUCCGAACAGUCGCUCGGAUCCGCCUCUCAGGGAGUCGCGCUCAGCCCGAGUGAUAGCUCGGGCGCCCCGAGCCAGUUUUCCCCUCAGGAGCAGGAGGACACGCCCACCGCCUCGCUCCUCGAUCUGGCGCACACGGAAAGCGCGACGGCGGCGAGCCCGGCGACGCAGAGGAGGAUCCGCGCCUCGCUGUCGGACUUGGACGACGAGGGAGCCAUCGAGAGGCUGUCGGUGCGCCAGCUCAAGGAAAUCCUCGCCAGGAACUUCGUCAACUACUCGGGCUGCUGCGAGAAGUGGGAGCUGCUGGAGCGCGUGCAUCGCCUCUACAGAGAAAACGAGCACAACAGGAAGUCUCUGGAAAAUGUGAGCAUUACUGCAGUGGUUGCAUAUCCUCCACCUCUGUGCAACAGUGCCGUUGGAGACGGCGGGAAAGCCCAGUUGGCCUCGGACGAGAACCUGUGCCGCAUCUGCAUGGACGCCAUCAUCGACUGCGUUCUCCUGGAGUGCGGCCACAUGGUGACCUGCACCAAAUGCGGCAAAAGGAUGAACGAGUGCCCCAUCUGCAGGCAGUACGUGGUGCGGGCCGUGCACGUCUUCAAGUCCUAAAAAAAUACAAGUACAAAAAAAAACUGGGCCGCCAGAGACCCUUGAAAAUGGCGCGAGUGGCUUGGACCGGCGGUUUUCCUGGGACACGGCAGGGGUUCGAGUCGCCGCGGUUGACACGACCGCUUGUUGGUCGACCUCAACACGUGCAAUACCGUUAAGAAAAAAAAAAAUAAUCAUCAUAAUAAUUUUUCUUACUGUGGAAAAUGUCUUUUGGUUCUAGUUUAACAGCACAUCUUACGUUAGCAGAAGAUGCCAAAUAACAUGCCUGUACUCUCAUACCUUUAACUUUGCAUAGCCAGCAAGCUUGGAAUGACGGUUCGUAUUCAAACCAUAGAAAGCAGUACAAUAAGGGUGUUUUGUUUUAUAUAUAUAUAUAUAUAUAUAUAUAUAUAUAUAUAGGGUGUAAUGAUUCGUUUUGGCAGCCAUUCAAUCAUAUCACAAUUUGUUUUGCCGAUUCAUCCAAGGACGGUUUGAUACAAUUCAGCGUUUGGAAAUCGAUUCAGUCACUUUUUGGGUUUUUUUUUUUUUUUUUAGCCAAAAAUUUUAACCAUAGCGACUGUGAAAUAAACACCUGGAUGUCAGACAGGUCAUGUGAAAUUUCCUAAAUUGCUUUGGUUUCUUGUAAAGUUAUCAGUUAAAAUGAAUUAUGGAUAGAAUAAACGAACAAGCACUCAUGGCAAAUGUAUUUACAGUUUUGCUGAAGUAUAUCCGUGAUGGAAUUUCGUGUUCGCCAACCUUUUAGCUCGUAGACGACCGCGGUCAACAAACCGUUUGCUUGCAUGUCCGUCAUGUUCUAGCCUCGAUUGUUUUUGACGACUGCAAAACCAAAACAUGUUUAUAUUUCAGAUUUAAGCUUCGCUGGACGUUCCGCGAGUUAAGUUUUGCACCUGCUCUUUGCGCCGCCAUAUUUCCUGCGCUGCGCAUUCUACAAGGGAUCUUGGGAGAUAUAGUUUGCUUCGCAGAACCGCCCCACUCAAUAGCGCCGGAAGAAAACUACAGAUUGAAACUCCCAAGAUCCCGUGCGACGUCACAGACAGGAAAACAUAAUCGAGUUACGGCUUUGUCAUUAAAAGUGCUAGAAAAAAAACACAAACGCACAUCCAUUAAAAAAAGUCUGCCGUGAUUAAUCCAAUGCAUUAUUUCCUAGUAUCCAUACAAUAGAUUGUUCACCUUUUAAAAUGAUUUAAAGGGAUAUAAAAAAAAACAACAACAAAAACCAAUUGGAUCGGAAGAGUAUAAAUCGAUACCGGUACAUCGAUAUAACCGAUGAAUCGUUACACCCUUAGUGUAUGUAUAUACACACACAUAUGAAAAGCUCUACAUUUUUAUUUUAUUAUUUUUUAAAAUUUGACCUUGCACGUUCAAUUCUCAUCAAAUUGUAUCAGACAUGCUCUCGGGUUAUCGGAGCGGUUACCCACAGCAUACGUCCACAAAAUGUCUUCUUUUUCAUUUAGUUUGGAGUACUAUAGCUUGGAACCCCGAUUCUAAACUUCUGCUCAGGUCCGAGAAGGACGGGAAGCGAAACCUGCCGAGCGAUAUCGGUUUUUAUGCCACCGAUGUGAUCGAUAACAGCUGCUGCCUCCUCCUCGAUCGUAUCGUUGUUUUGUCACCCCGAGAGAGGUCAUCGUCUGAUUCACUUCGGUCUGUUAUGCAAAGCAAGCCAGACACUUGUUUUCUGCUCAUCCAUCUUACAAAAAAAAAAAAAAAAAAAAAAGUGUGUGUGUGCGGGAUAUUACGCUGUUAAUGUAAAUGUGUUGCAUAGAGAUAGCCUCUAUUGUUGUUGUUAUUAUGAAUUAAACAUAUAUUUUUACAUGGACUAGCAGCGAGGCUCUGAGAUUUAUGAACAGAAUGUAUUUAUGAGUUUAGUCAAGACUUUAAAAUAUAUCUUCAUGGGUCGAUUUGUAUUUUAAAAAAAAAAAUGUUUGUCACACAUUCCCAAUUCACGUACGUUAUUUUUUUUUCCAUUAUUGAUUUAAUGUGGCUGUUUGUCAUUGGAAGAUGUCACUCACGGGCAGCUACAAUCUUCUGGCGGGCACUCAUAACCCUGGAUCUUUAUAUUUUGGAAUGUUGGACCUUUUUAUUUUGGUAAACAAAACAAAACAAAAAAUGAUUAGAUUCAAUAAAAUUCAGUCAAAUCUGAUCGAC